UGCGUGAGCGUGAGGUGUACGGAAAGGAGAGAAGCAAGAGAGAAGGUUGAAGGAAAGAGUGAUUGAGUGGAAGAAAGGAAUGGAAUUGACGAGAAACAGAUUGACGUGGGGCAAAAGUUGGGUUUCGGACGGGGCGUGUUCAACAAGCAUUCGGACUUCGGACCAGAGGCUUACGAAGCGCGAAAUCGUUUGUACUUCCACUAUAAAUCUGUUUGAACAUUUGUGCUUUGUAUCUCAUUGUUUCUAGUGGAAAUUGCUGCCAUUUCGUAUUGACGAUUAGCAGCUACUUUGAGAUCACUUUUGGAGGCAAGGCUCUUGAGGCUAUUUGCACAAGUAUUUCUAAAUACUUUUCGCUGCGCCGGAGGCGAUAGUCGCCUAGAACUGGUAUCAGAGCUAGCGUCGGAGUGCUGGCGAAAUUUCUCCGCGACUCUAUUUAGUGCGCCAAGUGGAGCCGGUGUAAGGGCGUUGUAGCAUUCUAAAGUGUAGGACGAAGCCUCAAGAAUGACAGGCGAUAUUGGAGAGGCUAGUUCGGGCUCCUCUGUGAGCAUUGGAGACCCCCAGGUUAAGGCUCUUUUAGAAUUGCUAGCGCAUGGGUCGUUGGUAGCGAAACCAACGAUAGGGCUCAGUGAAGCCCAGCGUUUUAAUGGCAGUAACUAUAGUACGUGGCGCUUGAAGUUCAUAAGGAGAGCGAAGGAGGUAGGAUUAUGGCAAUUCUACUGUCGAUGUGAGAAGGCCGAAGGAGUAGCAACUACAAGCAACCAAGAGGAGGAUUCGGGAUAUCAGAAAAGGAGUGAGCAAGCAUUCUUUCAGUUGUGCCAUUCUGUUUCUGAUGGAAUUGCUGUGGGCCUGGAUAAGUUUUCAGGCGAGAAAAAUCCGGCUCAAGUGGCGUGGGCAUACAUGGAGUCAGCCUACCUCGCCAAAUGGAGAUGAACAUCGCUGCGGUGAGGAGGAAGCUGCUUUUGCUGAGUAUGGAGCCGAAGGAAGCCGUCAUCGAGUACAUCAAUCGAGCCAAGAGCUACAACGACGAUUUGGCCGCAAUGGGAGCUGAGGAGAACGAAAAGGCAAUGAUGGGUUACAUUGUCAACGGGCUCUCGAAGGAGUGGGCAUCAGAUCGACCUGCGUUGAUUUGCAAUCCACCUGCAAAUAUGACGAAGCUUCUGGAGAUGCUGCAAGCCUUGGCGAUAUCCAAGGAGGAUGUGACACGACGGGAGAAAGCGGCCCAAGGAGAAAAUGGGGCUGCGGGUGUGGAGCAGGAGAAGCCUGCAAUGGUGAAUGCAGUCGCUGCAGGGAGAGGCAUGGGUGCAUGCUUCCACUGCGGCAAGAUUUGGCAUAAGGCAUUUGACUGCUAUGAUAACCCGAGGAGCCGCAACUACAAGGGGAAAGGUGCUCCUGGUAUGGGAUGGAAUGGAGUGCAGCAGAGUGGGGAAGGGGAUAGCAGAGGAGAUAGUAGGCAGCAGAGGGGAAAGUUCUUUGGAGCUUGCCACCACUGCACGAAGAUAGGGCAUAGAGCUAUCGAUUGCUACUCGAACCCCAACAGCCGGAGUUACAGGGGAACACAGCAGCAAGGUUCGGCACCGGCAAAGGCACAUGCAGCUGAAGCAGAAAAGAGGGAAGCUGAUGUUAUUUUGGGUGAUGCACAUAAGGCGAAUGUUGCGCGUGCAUCAGGGGUGUGCCUGAUGGCAAAAGGGGGUGGAGAAGCUGCAUGGUAUAUGGACAGUGGGUGCACACAGCAUAUGACCAAUCACAGUGAGUGGCUGAAUGCUUUGAGGGCAUCAAGUGUGCCGUAUGUGCUUGUGGGAGAUGAUCGGAAAUUGCUUGUGAAGGGAGAGGGAGAUCUGAUUUUGCAAGGGCAGUAUGGGGAGUUGAAACUGGAGAAUGUGUUGCUGGUUGAUGGUCUGUCACUGAAUUUGAUCAGUCAGUCACAGCUUGACAACACUGGAUGCAAGACAUUCAGUAACAAGGGCAGCGUGUGGAUGUUUGACCAUGCGUGGAAUGUGGUUGCUAAGGGCAUGCUGAAGAAUGGGUUGUAUGAAAUGCUGUUGAAUGAGAAGGGCAUGAUAGCUGAGAAGGUUACCUACCAGCAGCCGACGGAGGAAGGGGUGCUGGCAAGGGAGGAGCUGCGGGCGAGCUUGAAAAGUGUACCUGUAGAGGAGCUGCGGAAGGAAGCGGUAUCGAUGGUGGCAGCAGCGGCCAAGGUAGACAUGGAGACCCUGCAUAGGAGGUUGGGACAUGCAGGGAUGGAGCGGAUUAAGGAGUUAGUGCAGAAAGAAAUGACAGUUGGAGUGGAACUGAAGGAUGGGGAUGGGAGCAAGGGGAAGUGUGACAAGUGUGUGGAGGGCAAAAUCACCAAAUCCCCCCAUCCCAAGCAUCAGGUGCAGGAGCCAUAUGGAGCGCUGGAGAUAGUAGCAGCUGAUGUGUGUGGGCCGCUGAGGGUGGCAUCCAGGCACGGGAGCAAAUACUUUGUCACCUUUACAGACUUAGGGACUAGGCACACAUGGGUGACUGAGCUUAAGGAUAAGACGGAGGUCUUCUCUAGUUUUCUGGACUGGAUGGUGGAAGCAGAAAGGCAGAGUGGGAAGCAGCUGAAGGUGCUGAGAACUGACAAUGGUGGGGAGUUUGUCAAUGAGGAGUUCAACAGCUACUUGCGCUCCAAGGGGAUUCUGAGGCAAUUGACAGUGCCUUACACUCCACAGCACAACAGUAUAGCGGAGAGGGUGAAUAGGUCACUGCUGGACUGUGUAAGGACAUUGCUAGCGGACAGCGGAUUACCACUGAAGUUCUGGGGAGAUGCCUUGGGGAUGGCUUGUUGGGUUAAGAACAGGCUACCUACCAAGGGCUUGGCAGCAGAUAUGACCCCACAUGAAGCAUUCUAUGGGAGGAAGCCGAAUAUGGGGUUGGCUCGCGUAUGGGGCUGCAUGGUGCAGUACAGGGAGCCAGCUGGACCAACCCAUAAGCUACUACCUAGAAGUAAGUGGGGGCUUAACCUUGGGAUGUGCAUGGUGAGCAAAGGAUGGUUGAUCAAGGAUGUGGAGAUAGGGAAGGUGGUGGUGACCAGAGAUGUGAUAUUCUAUGAGAAUGUCACCUACUUGAAGUGGAAAGGGGUGAGUUCGGAGAUUGCAACGGCAGGGGAAGCAGCUAACCUAGAGAAGGUGGAAGGGCUGCUGGAGGAGACAUCGAUUGAAGGGAUUGGAGAUGAAGUAGAGGAGAUUGCAGAAGAAGAAGCACAUACUUGGGUGUGGGAGCUUCCAGAGAAAAUGGCUGCACAGGGGAGAAAGGAGAUGGAGCAGCAGGAGAUAGAGCCAGAGGAGAAGGAUGCAACGACUGAGGUGGAGAUGGCACCAAGGGAGAGUGAGCAGGGAUCAACUGCACGAGAUGGUCACGAUCCAUGGAAGCUGCUAGAUAGUACAGACAGUCGUGAAGCAGAGAAGGAGAUGAGGCGGACAUUAGAUUACCUGCUGCAGCAUCAGGAUGAGGGUUUACUAUUUGAAGGAGGAGAGGAGACAUUGGAGCUGGUGGGGUAUGCUGAUGCCUCACAUGCAUCAUGCAAGGAAACCAGGAGAGGGGCAUAUGGAUAUGUGUUCCUACUCGGAGGGACAGCUAUUACGUGGCAAGUUAAGAAGCUGGCAGAUACACUGAGGGAAAAAACUUGUAUAGCACUUUCAAGUGCUGAAUCGGAGUACAUGGCAUUGUUCUUUGCAUGCCAAGAGGGAGUGUGGUUGAGGAGGUUGCUGAACGAGUUUGAGAUAGACGUGAAGGGGCCUACAGUGGUAAGGACGGAUAGCAAGUCAGCUAUGGACUUGGCAAAGAACGACAACUGGCACAGGAGGACUAAGCACAUGGAUGUGAAAUAUCACUGGGUGAGGGAGCAGUUAGAGAAGCAGCAGUUCAAGUUCGAGUUUGUGCGCACUGAGGAGCAGGCAGCUGAUUUCUUGACCAAGGUGCUGCCAAGGGCCAACUUUGAGUACUGUAAGGAGAAGGUCGGGAUACGUACCUUGAAGGACAUGCAGGGGAGUGUGAAGGUAACUUAGAGGGUGUGGCUGGCAGAACCACAGGGGAGGUUGUUGGAGUGGUUCCGCCACCCACAACGGACUACUCGUGACUUGGGGUGACGAGGAAAGAAAUGCGGACUUGGGGACGAGAAGGAACUAGGAAGCGGGUAUUGCGUGAGCGUGAGGUGUACGGAAAGGAGAGAAGCAAGAGAGAAGGUUGAAGGAAAGAGUGAUUGAGUGGAAGAAAGGAAUGGAAUUGACGAGAAACAGAUUGACGUGGGGCAAAAGUUGGGUUUCGGACGGGGCGUGUUCAACAAGCAUUCGGACUUCGGACCAGAGGCGUGUUCAGCAAGAUAGUCGCGGUUGCGUGUGCGACUCGGCUUGACACGAGGCGCGCGAGUUACUCGCAGCGCACACGGCAGUUACGAAGCGCGAAAUCGUUUGUACUUCCACUAUAAAUCUGUUUGAACAUUUGUGCUUUGUAUCUCAUUGUUUCUAGUGGAAAUUGCUGCCAUUUCGUAUUGACGAUU